AUGUUCGCCCAGAGACUUCUUUCCCUCCUUGUCCUCUCUGCCGCUACCGGCCUAAUUAGCGUACCUGUUUACGCCGCCCCGGUACCGCAAAACGGUCUGACACAAGAUCAAAUCGAUACCUCGUAUAUCAAUGAGGGAGGCUAUACCGUUGUCGACGGCAAAGUUCCUGUCGCACAGCCAAACCCGGAUAUCCUCGGGGGUAAAUUCGCCACUGUUGUCGAGGACAGCGAUUUUGCAUACAACGACCAGUUCCGAAAGGAGGGCAAGACCUCGAUUUACACAGAAUCUCCACAGGAGGGUUCUGCUACAAGGAAGAAGGUUCCGACUUUCGAGGCACCACCUAAUGAGAUUUUCAACUACUAG